AUGGAUAAUAAGACCAAGCUUUCCACAAGAUCAUCAUUUAUUUCCGACAAUGCUUUGAACAACGACUCUUCACAAAAAAAAUCAAUUCUUGACCCAAUCAUCGGUGCUAGUCACGAUUAUGAGAAUGCGCUCGAUACAUACCUUCAUUUAGAUGGCAGAAGAUACCUGAAUGAUCAAGAAAUUUAUUAUUACUUCCCAAACGAUUCGAAAGAAUAUUCACGUCAAUGGCGAGAACAUUUUUUAAUUCGACACAUGUGGAGUGGAAAUUUUCAAGCACCUAUAGAUAAGAAAUUGUUGAGAUUGGGUAGUGUACGAGUGUUGGAUGUUGGAUGUGGUCCUGGUGCAUGGGUUAUCGAUAUGGCAAGAGAGUAUCCAUGUUCGUCAUUUAUUGGAAUGGAUAUUUCGCCGGACUUCGACAAUGAUAAAAAACUUGCUAAUACUGCGUUUUUACAAUAUAAUUUUUUGCAUAAUUUUCCGUUCCAGGACAACACAUUUGACUUUGUACGUCAAAGCAAUAUACUCCCAUUUAUUCCAAAGAAAGAGUGGCAAGAAAAAACCCUAAAAGAGAUGAUUAGAGUUACAAAAUCAGGCGGCUGGAUCGAAAUAUCUGAAGUGGAUUGGAUCUAUCUCAACGGAGGUCCAAUUACAAAAAGACUAAAUGAAACAUUGCGUAAAAGUCUGAGUCCAUUAGGGAUAGAUGUAAUCCCAAGUUUCUAUGUUAAUGAAUCCCUUGAGCGUGUGGGUGGUCUUCAGGAUAUCUCACAUGCAGUGCAAAUACAGCCGAUUGGAGAAUGGAAGGAUACUAUUGGCGUAAUGAAUCUAAAAAAUUGUUUGGAAGCGUACGAUUCCAUGAAAACUGUUUUAGCUCCGCUUAUGGGUGUUAAUGAUGAAGAAUAUGUUGAUCUCAUCCGCGUUUAUGCCGUUGAAGUAACCGAACAUCGCACGUUAUUCUCGCUACAUCGUUAUUGGGCUCAAAAAAUAUAA